AAUGUUUUGUUUCCUCUAGUCUGAAAGACGACGUGUUAUAGAAGAAAAAUAGAUAAAAAUCAGAACUAUGUUUUUACCUGUUAGUGUCUGACCUUAAAUUAAUGUUAUAAAAUAAGAGAUUCUGCCUCCUUUCACAUCUAUUAUUGUUAAAUUAAUAGUUUUUCAGCCAAAUAUCGAAUUUAAAUUGCUUGUAACCUCUGACUUUGAUAAGCAAUUAUUUCAUUUUAUUUUAUUUCAAAUUUUCUUCCAGUAACAAGAAUGUAGCGAAGAAGUAUAAAGUAUAAACACGUCAAACAUGUACUUCAGUACAUUACUUCUGUAAAUGUACUUUUUUAUUCUUUUCAAUGAAUGUCUUGAUUGAAGCAUUAUAUUUAGUUUAAAGCUUCACACUGUAGAGCUGGUUGGCCCUAUCCCACUGAGCAAUCUACAGUAAGUUAGUGAGUAUGUAAAGUAAAUGCUAUUUUAAAACACUGCACAUGAGUCAUCCCACACGAGUCAUGGAGGGUCAAAGGUCUGCAGAAUGUAGUGCUACAGCAGCUGUUACCACUAAUUAACACCAUCAGCCUGAAUGAGAGGAAGUAAUCUCUGAUUUUAGCAGUUUCGUUCCUGAACUGCAACUUCUACUAAAAGGCUCCAUCUUUUAUCUUUUUAUAUAAAGAAGAGAGUGAAUCAUAUGCCAAGUUACGUAACACAAUUGUAGUCAAGCAUCCCAAAAAAGUUAGAAACCAAAGCACUGACUGACCUUGCUUUGGAGGCUAAACACCCACUUUUCCACUGUGCAUUUUUGCCGCCUUUAUCCUUCAUCAAUACUACAGAUAAUACUUGAAUGUUACACAGAAGAAGCAGGAUGAUAUAUUUAUCUAAUAUCGCAGAUCUUUAAGCUAACCUACUGACCUUUUCUUAAAAGCUAUAUCUUUGAGAAGAUAUAAAAAUCAAUUCCUCUUCUACAAAUUGAGCCAAAUUGCAGCAGUAUUUUAAAAAAAUAAACUACUACUGUGCUGCAUGUGUAUCUAUAAUAUGUGCACAGUGUAUGAUAUGUAGUGUUCCCUCAUCAGGCCAAGACUCAUGAACCUUCUCAUCACCGACACCGGGAGGAGGUGCACUACGUGGACGAGUAUGGCCAGCCAAUCGCUAUGCAGGUGGAGGCCAGAAGAGGGCGUGGCCACAGGAGGCGGCAGUCUCAUUGCACGGUUGACUGCAACGUCCCGACGGAAAGACACUGGGAGGCCCUGAGAGCCAUGGGACUGAUGGAGGGAGAGAGAGGCCAGGGAGACGGCUACAAUGCCGGGCCUUACUAUGGUCACAUGACCAUGUCACCUGACCUGUACUCCACCAAUAGUCACAUGAUGAUGUCGCCCAACGUCUAUUCACCCAAUGGCUACCUGCCCAGAUCAUCCAACGACCAGCACCCGGGUAACAGCUACCUGCCCAGCGUCUCUUACAGCUUAGAUCACCUGGACAGACUGGACUACCAGGUGAUUUAUUCUAUUCUGAAUUUAUGUUUGUGGGUGACUUACAUCUAUUCUGAUAAAGUUUUUCUAUUCCAGGGCCAAGAAAUGUUGCCCUACCAGCCAAACUCAGAGAGCUGUCUGAUUGGCUGCUACAACACUGAAGAGAUGGAGCCGAAGAAUUUCCCCAGACAGUCCAACUAUCGUCCUCCUUGGCAGUCUGAUCGUUUUCUUGGAUACCUUCCCCUCAGUGAGCUCGACAGCGGGCUGGGAUGUGGCCCUGACAGCCCCCACCACCAGAUGGCACUCUCUGAGGCCGAGACAGACGCCAUGUCGUCGCUGCCGGGCCACACCCCUUCCUCCCAAGGCUCUUCCUCUUCCUCCGAGUCCCUAAUCUCCUCUGAACCCAGCGACUCCGGGUUCCACAGCGUCAGCACCGGGGAGCACCGGCGACUACACAAGAUUCAUGGGAGCCACGCCCACCGUCAGACUCAGAAUCUCCGCUCAGGCCACUCCCCUCGAGAGCAGAGAGGACGCUGGGAUCUGGAGUCCAUCCCCGAGACGACGCCGAUGACUCACUCCGGGGCGCCACAGGCCUCCCGCUGCACUGUGGGUAACAGCACGACCACAACGGUUCACUUCCACAGAGCUGAGAGGAGUCCCACGUUACCUCGCCACCGCUCGCCGCCUUCCCCUUCCAUUGGUUGUCAUACUGAGCCCUGCCAGCGGAGGGCGCUGUGGUUGGAGCAACAGCAGCAGAGUGGAGGCGGCAUGAUCGAGGCUCCGGGCCGGAGUCGGACAUUAACAGAUUUGAGCGAAGGCCAGCGCCCCCGCCGGGCCAGUCACCCCAACAUGGGCGACCCAAACAGCCUCCAAGACAGCCAACCAGGAAAACCCAGCAACACGCUGGGGCCGAGGAGCAGGGCCAGUUAUCCCAGUAACUAUCAACCUACCAGUCACCUCGGCAUAGACAUAACCAGUCUGACCAAUCACCAGAAUGCACUGAGAAACAGCCAGGGCGUUAGCCGGAGCCGAGAGGAGGACACCCUCUCUAAGAGUCCUGGAUCUGGCUCCAGCGGAGCGUCGGACUGGCGUGGCUUUCAGACUCUCGGGAAUCGCCCCCGCAUCCCUAAAGGUUCCCCGGUUCCUUGUUACGGCACGCUGGGGGCCCCACAACACAACCCCCACUCUCCGCCGUCUCCCCGCUCCAGACUGUCGAAUCAGAAGUCAGUCAGGAACCAACUGCUCAGAGCACGAGCCUACCGGUUGGCCAGGGAACGCAGCGAGGUCACGACGGAUGAGGAGGUGCGAGGAGGCGGGGAGAGAGAUGGCGAGGAGACAGGAGAGGACGGCCCGUGGGCGGGGCGAUACUGGAACCGGACCGAAAGGAGGCGCCACCUGGCGUUGUCGCGGCAACACAGGGAGAGGAGAGGAGGAGGAGGAGGGGAGGAGCAGGCCAGAGGACUUCAGGGGUCCAUGUUGUCUCAGACGGUGCUGGAGCUGAGCCACAUGAAGCAGAACCGACUGAGGAACAGCAAGCUGCUUGAUGAUUGGACGACUGUGGAGGAGCUGCUGACUCAUGGGACACGAGUGGAGAGCGACAGUCAGCUAUGUCCCAGCCCUCUGCUAUCGGUUACUACUGUCUGAGUGGUAAAUAAUGUCAGAUAUUCAUAAAGAUAUCAUGUUUACUGUCAAUCCUUUAAGAGAGAGUGUCAGAAAAUGAGGUUUAUUUGGUCAAAAGUUGAGGUGUUCGCCAGCAAACUUGCUUGCUAGUUAGCUGUAAUUACUUACUGUAAUGAGGCAGACUCAUUAAGAUCUAGAUCUCUUUUUCAAGAGAGACCAGCUUCCAUACUAACAUGUUAUUUAGAAUUCCAGAAAGAGAUGUAGUAUGUCUCAAUAGAGAGGCGAAGUCCCUCCCCUUCCAGUGUCCCCUAUGGGACCUUAUUUUGGAAAGGAAUGUGUACAGUAGUCGAUGGCAGGAAACCUGCAUUUUGCCAUAGUUACACCUAUGUAUGUCACUUUGAAAGAUCAUUUUGCACGUCAAUAAGGUGCAUUUUGUCGUAAUACUGUUGGAAGUAUAAGACAUUGAAAAUACGUAAUUAGAAAAACAACACACCCAAAAGGUUUUGUAAGUGUCUCUGAAGCUACGAUGCCUGUGUAUUUCGUACCAGGAUGUUUUCACACCAACAACAACGAGGUCUCACUCGUUCUUUCUCUUCCUGGCUGAUAAAAAGAGUCGCUGGAUGACACACAUCAGGUAUAGCUAAGUUAGCUAGCUAGCUAGAAAAGUAACGGCCGUGUUGGUGACGUAUACCGUGUGAGACCGGAGACGUAGUUCACUGAGCGGUGACGAAGACAAACUUUCUGGACUUGCAAAAUUAUCUUUUAAAUUGACAAACAUCAUACAGUAUGUGUAAUUCAUGGCACAAUUCAAACGGGAUCAUAAUAAUGUUUGUGUCUCGCCGCUGACUACCGUACAUAUUUUUUUCCGAAAUAAGGUCCCAUGGAGGACAGCGGACAGGUCCUGACUUUGCCUCUCUAUAGUACGUAACAUGCGUAAUGCCAAAAAUACCAGGAUGUACUACUGCAUCCAGAGCCAGCAUAAUUUUCUAGCUAUUCUGACCCACAAUCUGAUUUAGAUAAAAGAGCUUGUUUGUUAAAAACUGCUGCUGCAAUUUACAUUUAUUUGGGCAGUUUGGUGAGAGCCUGAUGGAAUCAACCAUACAGUCAAUGUGUAGCUGGAGAAACAAAAGCUAAAAGAUGCUAAAAGAUGUGUAGAGAUGCAGUGUUGGUGUUAACCUUCACUGGGUUUGACAAUACUAAUGUUUAUUGCCCUCUUCACAUUGCAUUGUAACAUGUUAAAUAAAAUGUUAAAAUAAAAAUAUAUAAAUAGAUGGUCUCAGACAAGAGCUGAUGAUGAAAUUACCGUAAAAAUACGGUUAAAUUGGACGCUCAUUGCAUUCUAAGUGAAUCUGGAUCUCAUAAUUAUAACGACGUGGCCAAAACUACAAACUAGGGAUCAGGAGGAAAAAUCACCAACAAGCUCAGCACAAAAAAAAGGUUGAAAUCAGCAGAAAUGUGCGGCGAUGUCAUCAACUCUGGAGAAACUGAUUGAAUCUGAACUGAGUUAAAAACCAACACUAUGACAAGAACCUCCGAUCUGAACGCUUGAGUUUCUGCAGGUUUGUAACGGGACACUAAAGAGCUGCGUGAGCUUCACACUGCAGCAGUUAACAGACUCACUGGGAGUACUGGUCAGACUCUUCACACACCAGACUGCCAAUGACUGGGUCUCACAUAUCACACAAUCGGUUUGUGUUGCCUUGUGGGAAAAGUGUCUCCAUCUUUCUGGUUUUACUGCCUUUGUUUCCGUCUCCGUGCCAUUAAAUGUCCAAGCUCGACUGUCUGAAGUUAAAGCUUGUUAUGCCGGCACCUUUCUGAUCAAACAGCCUCUAAAUCCUCUAAGACGCCGUUUCACCACGACGAUGUUCUUUUUUAAGUCUCCGCAUUCACCGCUCUCUCCUGGGUGGUUUACAAUUUCAAUCUCACACAGACUUGUAGUGUAAAUAAAUGAGACGCGAUAGAGAGGGCUCCAUGAAGCACUGUGUGCAACCGGGUUUAUAUUUCUAAAGACUUCUAUUUGGUUGAAAAUAUUCUGAUAUAUUUAGUGAUUAUAGAGGUCUGAAGAGGAAUCUUUAAAGGAAUAAACAUUAAAUAGUUAAUUAUUAACACAAUUGACAUCAUGAUUACAUCACGAUGUUGGCUGGAGGCAAAGGACAAAGAAAAGAAUGGAGGCAAACGGGAAUCACCUCAGGGUUGUGGGCUAAAGUUACACAUCCAAAAUGGCAUCUGGAUGUGUUGUUGGGUGCCAGAAUUGAUAUUGCAUAUACUUUUAAGCUGAAGAACUCGUGAUUCUAGACUCUAGAGAGCUACAAUAUCGCGGAACUGUUUCACAGAUGGAGAGAUAAUGUUGAUAAUAGUUUAGCUUAGUCUUCUGCUAACCUCCUCCAGGAUAAACUAUUAGUGAGAUGAAGAGAUGGCCCGCUGUUGAGUCUUAGUUGUGCAGCCAGUGUAGCUUGAAAGCAUGGUGGGAUAAAAAACAACAACAACUAAGUAGCGGACAGUUGGCUACUUAGCUAGCUUACUAAUUCCACCAUGCCUUAAUGCUACACUGGUUACAGAAAAUGCCCAACAGCAGGUUGGUGGCUGCUGGGUCAAACGGUCCCUCUGCCUCAUUCCUCUUCGCUAGGAGGUUACUUCUUUGGAGACUAGCUAGCGAGCUAACUAGCCAGUUUUGUAGAUGGACAAGAUAGCUAGUUAGCUACCAAGCUGUCCUCUCUUGCUAGCCAACGUUAACUAAAAUGUUCAGAGAAUAUUUCUGCCUCCACCUACGCUUUGCCAACAAAAAUGUCAUCAUGUUUACUAACAGAACAGGGGUCUAUGUGAAGUUCCACCCAACAGACGGUUAGCUUAGCAUAACUGAAAGCUAGCCUGGCUAGAGCAGAUCAAAAUAAUCGUCCAUCAGGUAAAACUUUAACUAACAACAUAUAGUGUGUUAAUUAUUGAGCUUUAGAGAAGCUGGUGGGCCGAUAUUAGUUACCUUUAGACAGAGCUUCAUGCUAAGCUAAGCUGACCACCUGCUGGCUGUAGUUUCUUAUUUAAAGCUAGGAUAGGCAUUUUAUUUUGGGGCGUCAUUAGAUAUUAAAAUCCAUAAUAAUCUUUCAGUAAAUUGUAAUUCAAGUGGUCUUAAUGUAUUUAUAUACGUUUGUGAAUAGUGAGUACACGGAAUAUGAACGAUACUCGGCACAGAUCACUUUGUUGUGUUUAGUUACAAAAUGAGACAUCAGCAGCAAAUCCAACCAAACAAUAGAACUUCAUCUUCACUUUUAGUCAAAUUCAGGUAGUUUCUCUUUUCCAAAAUAUCACAUCAGAUUCUUUUGAAUCACCUGAGAGGUCCGUCUUUACUGUUGUAGUGCGAUUAGGAGACAAAUCAUCAAUAUCUGUGUCGUCUUGUCACAUACACGCUAUAAACCAAUAUGGGUGGUCGGAUUAAUCUGUGACUUGCUAAUCAGGGUUAAAUGUUAUGAUGUAAUAAUAAGUUAAACAAUGAAACUGUUCAAUGCAAUUUUGUUAAAGAUGAGAAAAUAUUCAUUUAUUUUCAUAUUCUGUGGAGGUUCAGAGGAAAUGAAAAUCCUGAAGACAGUUUUAGUGUCAUGAAGUUGGACUCGUCAAAUGAAUAUAUUUAAGGGUUUCUUUUUCUAAACUGUGUGUGAGUGUGAGAGUGUGUGUGAGUGUGUGGUCAUGCAAGAGAGACAACAUGAAGUUUGAUACUAACUCGUUAGUAGUGUUUAGCCAAAGAUUAUUGUGUAACUUUGGUUUGUGGACAAUCUAGAAGAACUAUCACUGUAUGACUUAAAGGUAUAUUUUAAUAAUCAUAUUAGUUUUUAUAUUCUUUAUCCUUAUAUAUUAUAUACUUUGCCUUCAGUAGGUUACUUCUGCUUUCUCACCGACAUCCUGCGACGCUAGUGUGCGUAGACGCUUGUGUACGAUCAACUGUUAGCAUCAGCACGCUUUUAUUAUCGCAGUCUCAGCCUACAGCAUGCUAACUCCCAAUUAGCACAGAACGAGCAUUUCAAUGAUUGCCUAAAGUGUCAUGAGUGACAACAAAUAUUGUCUUGUAUUUUUUUUUCACAGACUGGGCUUUUAUUUUGAAAAACAUCUGAAAGGAAGCGAUGCUUCUAAAAACCAUUUAUAAUCUGAUUUGUUGAAAUAAACAAGUGGAAGUUGGAGGUGGUCGUUGUGCUGAUUACAUGUGCAUUUAUAUAACACAAACAUCUUAAUUGUGAUCUUGUUUUGGGAGU